UCCCUGCAGUACACCUAAGUAAAUUUCGUGUUGUUUUCUUUGCUGUUCGGGAGUCCAAAAUCUUGAGGUGCAUCAUCUGGACUGAAGGUCAGCUAAUACGUUAUUUUACCCGGUGAAAAUAUUCAGAUUGAAGGAAAGGACACAGAAUUUGUGACCUGCAAGGGUGGGUAAGGCGAGCUGCAGCGAUCACUGAACUGUGGUGAACGAUGUCAAGUCCUUUUGCCUUUUUGGGUUUGAAUAUCGGAACACAAGGAAUGCAUAGCGGCCAGCCCCCCAUCCAGCCCCCUCCCCCACCCCCAGGGCACCUAAACCAAAUGAUGCACCCUGCCAUGAACAACCAGCCCCUCCAGUUCAAUAUCAACAAGAACAAACCGCCCAUGCCGAUGUCCACAGAGGAAAAAGAACACCAGGAGAAGUUGGUGAUGCAGAUGCAGAAGAUCCCCCCAGGGCCAGCUGGACCUCCUGGUCAAAUAAAGGGUCCAGGACCCGUACCUGGAGCAGGUCUAAUGGACAUUAAUGCAGCCAAUACUAAUCAGAGUCAGAUGAACAUGCACAGUCCUGGGGUAAUGGGGCCUGGUAUGCCGGGACCAAUGGGGCAGAUGGCGGGACAGAUGACGGGACAGAUGGCAGGACCAAUGCAGUUUGGUCCCAUGAUGGGAGAUCCCAAUAUGAUGGGAUGGGGGCCCAUGGGAUACGGACAGUUUGGUGGUUUUAUGGGUCCGAUGCCCCCCAUGGAGAUGCAGCAGAGGGAGCCACUGACAUUUGAGACCUUUAAACUCAUCCCUCCUCCUCCAGGUGCCCCUCCACCGUCCACGCGUGAGCGUCCACCAGGCUGCAGGACGGUGUUUGUAGGGGGUUUCCCUGAGAACUGCACAGAAGAGAUGAUUAGGGAGUUGUUUGAGUCUUCCUGUGGUAGCAUCACCAGCAUUAGGAUGAGCAAGAAAAACUUUGCACAUGUCAGGUUUGACUACGAGCAUUUUGUGGAUGCUGCGAUAGCUUUGUCAGGGUACAGGAUGCAGAUAGGCGAACAGACAGAUAAACCCAACACAGGUCGCCUACAUGUAGACUUUGCCCAGGCCCGUGAUGACUUGUAUGAAUGGGAGUGCAGAGAAAGAGCCCUGUUUCGUGAAAGGCGUCACCAGGAGAGACUUGAAGAGGAGAGAUUGAGACCCCCGAGCCCACCACCCACCAUCCAUUACUCUGACCACGAGGCUCAGGCGCUGAUAGAAAAGUUGAAAGAUGAUAGCACCUUCAUUAAAGCCUCCGCCAUCUUGGUCACAUGGUUAGAGCGAGGCGAUUGCAACAAGCGCACAGCCACAUCUUUUUACACCAUGGUUCAGAGCACGCACUCGCAUGUACGUCGUCUUCUCAAUGAAAAGCAGCAGCACGAAGAGGAAGUUAGGCAGAUCAAGGAGAAAUUCCGCCAGCGUUUUGAGGGCAUUCUGAGGCAGAUGGAGCAGAUUGUCAGCGUGUUUAAGGCGGCCACUAAACAGAAGGCCUGGGACCACUUCACUAAGGCACAAAGAAAGAACAUCGAUACAUGGAAAAAGGCAUCAGAGGAGAUAAAGACUACCCAGCAAGAUGAGUUUUUCAAAGAACGCCAGGAGACGGAGAUGGAUCUCUCUGAUGACGAGGAGUCCAGUGCCAAAAAACCUAAACUUGAUAACUCCCAAGUUGGCCAACUGAAGGAAGACAACGACUCCUUGAAGUGCCAGGUAGAGGCGUACAAGAACGAAAUGGAUCUUGUGAAGACGGAGGCUAAGAACAGCAUUGAAGAGGCAGAGAAACAAAUCAAAGCCUUUGCCCAGGCUCUGCAGGGGAUGCAGCAGCAACUGAUAAAUGCCAAUACUCAGAGGAAAAAAGAUGAAGAGGAAAUUCAAAGGCUCCAGGCUCAGUUAGGGAUUGUGGAUAAGACAGGAGGGCAGAAGUCUGAAACAGCUGCUGUUGAACUGAAUUUAGGUGGAGCCAGUGUCAGUCAAGAGAAGACGAGUGUAGAAGAAACAGUACAGCAGGAAAAGGAUGUUACAUCAGUCACCUUGGAAACCCCUUCAAGUAGCAUAGCAACUGAGGGAUCUGCAUUAAAUGAAAAAGAGGCCAGAUUAAUUGGUCUCAUCUCCGUGUUCCUGCAUGCGCACCCUUUUGGCGCGAGCGUGGACUACAUCUGGUCGUACCUACAGCGUUGCAACAUCAUUGUGCGUCGCAGCAGUGAGAUAGAGGAUCUCCUGGAGAGACUUCCCGAUGUCUUCAGGACGGAGAUGUGUGGGGUUGGGGCCUCCAUCGAGAAAAGGUGGACUUUUACUGGGUUUACUUCCAAAGAUUCUGGACUCAUUAUAAAGUGAAAACUCUGCAUCGGCAAAGUAGGGGGAGUAAAGUUCCAGACUUAAAGUGCAAGUUCAGGUUUAAUUUGAGACAGUGGAUCAGGAUUUAGACCCAUUUAUAGUGAUGACUUCUUGUAAAGUCAAGUUCAAAAGAAAACUGAACCACUUUGGCAGGGAGUUCAACUUUAAUUUGAGGCCAGUAAAGAGACUCUUGGGCUCCUACUAAUAUAAAGUGAUGACUUCAUGUAAGACCAGGUGAAAAGAAGAAGUAAGAGACCCACUGGAAUGUCUGCUGAAGUUUAUUUAGUUUGAAGCAGUUGAAGAGACGAAGAAGCAAUGUCAGAUAUACUGUUGCUCAAUGGAAAAUGGAGUGAUAUUAUAAGAACCACUGACACUGGAUUAUAAGAGUUUAUUGAAUUCAAAAUAGUUGAAAAGACAAAAAGACUUGAUGUCAUAUAAAGUGGUACUUAACCAAAAAGUUGUGGAUUAUGCUGUUAAGUGUUAUGUAUUAUCACAUCAAAAUUGACACUUUCGGUGUAAAUAUCAUCAGAGAAGAGCAGUGUUUGUUAUUCUCUAACUUAAAAGAAAGGUUCUUAUGGCUAAAUUGGAGAUUAUAUUAGAACUAGCCUUAUUAGAUGAACUUUAGAUGAACACUUUCCUCCUUUAGUUUCAUCAAAUUCCUUUUACAGCCUAACACCUAAAAUUGGUCUUGGAUCUGAAAAUGUGUUAUUGUUAUGUAAAAUAGAUCAUUAUUAUAAGUUGUUAGGCAAAUUAAAGUUAUUCUCAACCCUGUAGAUUUGCUCAACCCAUAUAUCCCUCGCUUAUGAUCUUUGAUCAUAUAAUCCAGUCCUGUAGUUUUAUAUUCAUUAGAUGACUCUUUUCCGUGUCUAACAACCUUAAACAAGGAAAAAAUAAAUUAUGUAUUACUGAAAAAGUCUUCAGCAGUUGUCUAUAAUAUCAAGAUCCCUCUCAAAUGUUUUAAAGCGUUUGAGUUACAUAUUUUAAUGCAAAAAUAUAAUGGAAAGGUAAUCAACAUUUGAAAAUAAAUAUAUCAGAGAAAUAAGCU